CGCGUCCGUCUCUACGUCGAGAUGACUCCGUCCGUGCGAGAAGCUGUAGGACGGCCGACUUUCCUGGACUAGGCUCAAGUCGUUCCUUGUCGGGCAGUCAUCGCGCGAGGCAAUGUACGCCUUUGAGUUGCCGACCACGGCGCCAUUGUCGUACGCUGAUUACUUGCUCAGUACACAGUUCUCGCUGGAGGUGUCACAAGCGACUGAGCUGCGCGCACGCCUUCGGGACGUGCUCAAAGGCAUCAACGCCAAGGCACCUGCUGUCUCGUCGAGUGCCGAAGACGACUUGGACGAUGAGGGCGCCUCGCUCGACGCGCACACCCAAAAAGACUGGAUGAGCGUCAUCCAGGCCAUUGAGUCAUACCUACCUCACCUCAUCGCCGUCCACACCUGCCUGCGUACCGACGACAUUCUCCUGCGCUCCGAACCUGUCUUUGCAUGGCGAUCGGUCCUCUCUGCCUCGUCGGCUUCGUCGCAGCUCCUCAGCAAUGUGGGCUCCAGCAAGGGGCGAACAGCCGUUUCUGGGGUUUACUACGAGCUUGUCUUUGUGCUCCUCGCAUACGGCAUGGCGCUUUGCAACCUGGCCAGCUCGCAGGUGUCAGCGCUGGGUGCGUACGAAUCAAACCGCAAGCAGACGAUCAGUGAUGAGGCCAUGAAGGGCAAGGACGGCACACUCAAGACGAGCAUCGAGUCUAUGACAAAGGCUACUGCCGUAUUUGAUCUUGUUGCGCAGAAGCUGAUACCCGACUGGGAAAUGGAGGUCGGUGCUGGCCGGCUGAGCGCGAGCGGACGACCACUCGACACCAGCAAAGAGAUACUCGGUGCACUAUCCAGGCUAGCGGAGGCGGAAGCGUCAGCCUUGUCGAUUCGUCAUCUUCUGACUCCGACCAUCAUCCAGCAGACGACCCAACAGCUCAAGGCACCCCCUCUGCCUAAAUCGCACCCGUCUCCCUCGGUACUGGCCAAGUUACACCUCAAUGUUGUCGAGAAAGCCGAGAAUGCAAGCAGUCUCUGCAAGACUUUUUCCAGAAAAAGCUCAGUCGCUGCCGAAGAAGUCAUCGACAUCCACGACAUUGGCACCAACGGAGGCACAAGGGCAGGCAAAAGCAGUGGUGGAGGCGCAUUCAAAAGCCUCAAGAACAGGUUCGGCGGCGGCAGCGGCGGUGGCUCUUCUAAAGACAUUUCGAAUUCGCCUUCAACCUCUUCUCAUUCUACAUCAAGCAAUGGUCCCUCAACAGACGAAGUUGCAGGCAGCCUACUCAAACACCUUAGAAGGACGGCCACGUUGCAUCGCUGCAAGGCUUACAGGUGGCUGGCAAUUGACGCAGGCGAAUUUCGCGAGCAGUACGGCGAGGCAAUCGUUUAUCUCAAGUUGGCUAGGUCGACGCUGGACCAGCUUGAUGAAGCCGGCAAGAUCAGAAACUCUGUAAAGAGCAGCAAAGGGGAUGCGACGAGGAGAUAUUGGAGAAUGGAAAGGGAGACAGAGCAGAAGGAUCUAGACCAUUGGCUGGCCUCGUAUCAGAAGCUGAACGACACGGUCUUUUUCAAGCCCCUGCCGCCUGUCUCAGCGAUGCAAGCCAAGAUUCCCGCAGGUCGCUCCGCGCUGACGAUCAAACCUUUCGGCUUGCCGCUGCCGGCUUUUGGGCCCGGCUCCUUGGGCUAUGUGUCCGAUGGCAUGCGGCGACUGGAUCUUGAAGGCGAGGGUGCCAGCAACGCGCCGUCAAAGCGAGGGAAAGAGACCGGCGACGGCUAUGCUGGUGCAGGAGCAUACUAUUGAACAGAGGCACAUCAGAUUGUUAUAGUACAGUACUUUACAUGCAGCGUCGUCAUCAUUCUUGUUGCAAAUUGUAUGUCUUCAGCACGCGUCCUC